AUGGAUCAACUACCACUUUCACCACCUUCCGAACGAGCAGUUUCUCCCAAAUCAGUACCGAUUCCUCUUGACUCCACACUCCGCACAACCCCAAUUCACGAGCUUCUCCCCGAAAUCCGCGUCCCGAACCAGCCCCUCCCAACAUACCAACACCAUCCUGUAACCUGCUCGCCGAUCGAUUCCGAGGACAUGCGCAUACAGCUCGAAGAGCUGCGCAAAGAGUUCCCAUCUCCCGAGGCGGCAUUAAAAGCACAAGAGCAAGCCGCGAGAGAUGUAAAGCAGAAACUGGAAGAUGCCGAAAAGAAACGCGAAGAUGUCCAGAAAGCCAUGGAUAAGAAAAUAAAAGAGCGGAAUACGGAGCUGAAGGUUCUGUCGAAAUAUCAGGACGGGAAGGCUUCGAAUCCCUUGACCUAG